AUGUCUAUCCCUGGUUUGGGCCACCUUGUGGCGCCACAACCGACGUCUGCAAACCAAACCCGAACGAUCCGCCUACAGCCCUUCUGGGAAUGGCGCUUCGAGGUCGCCUUCGACACCCACAUCACCCUGAAGCUCCUCUCAGGCACCGCUGAGAAGGACGGCACCGAGCUCGCCCUGCAGCACGCCUACACCUUCGCCGGCGUCAAGUCCAAGAUCCUCACCCUCCAGGGCUGCGAGAUCGAGGUCGAGGGCAGCCUCUCGGACGAGUCCAUCGCCGAGUACGUCAAGCCGCAGGACUCGCCCGCCAACUCGAUCCUGAACCUGCACUUCCAGCUCACCGCCAUGCGCCAGCGCGCCGCCACGGAGCGGAGGGAGGGGCCGCGCAUCGCUAUCUGCGGAGCGCCGACGACGGGCAAGACGAGCCUGGUGCGCACGCUGACGAGCUACGCCACGAGGGUCGGCGCGCAGCCGUUGGUGGUCAACACGGACCCCAAGGAGGGCAUGCUGAGCCUGCCGGGGACCCUGAGCGCGAGCGUCGUCGGCACCGUGCUGGAUGUUGAGGCCGUCGACGGCUGGGGCACGACGCCGACGAGCGGGCCGAGCCAGGUGCCGGUCAAGCUGCCGCUCGUGUACUACUACGGUUACGCCAGCGCGGAGGAGGACCAGAAGAAGUACCGGGAGCUCGUAAGCAAGAUGGCAGCGACGGUGACGUCGAGGCUGGGGCAGGAUCCGGAGGUGAAGAGCUCCGGCAUGAUUAUCGACACCCCGGCCGUGGCCGAGAAGGGCACCAUCGACAUCGAUAUUCUUUCCCACGUAGUAGACGAGCUUUCAGUAAACAUCAUCAUCGUGUUGGGCUCAUCACACCUCAAUGCAGAGCUGAUGAAGCGGUUCUCGACACAGAGAACCAGCCUUGGGGAGCAGUACAGCAUCCUCCUUCUAGACAAGUCAGAAGGCGUGGUCGAGCGCGAUGUGGGCUUCAUGCAGCAAGCCUGCGAGGCGUCUAUCAAAGAGUACUUUUUUGGCAGCAUCGGCCAGACCCUCAGCCCCGCUACACAGCAAGUCGACUUUGACAGUCUGGCAAUAUUUAGAAUAGACUCCAUGUACGGCAACGCCGACGACGGCCUCAUGCGGGUCGACCCGGGCCAGCUCAUGGCUCACUGGACCCUCGCCAUUGUGUACGCCUCGCUCAAGGACUCGCCGGAGACGAUUAGGACAUCCAACGUGAUGGGUUACGUGUACAUAGCCGACAUUGAUAAGGAGAAGCGCAAGUUGAGGAUCCUAGCGCCCGUAAGCGGCCGGCUAGGGGACCGACCGCUGCUGAUGGGCAAGUGGCCGGAACCUUUCAUCAAUCUCUUGGGAUAG